AAAAAAAAAAGAAGGAAAAAAAUUAACAAAAGCAAGAGUCUUUAUGGUUUACAUGUAAAAAGGUCUUUUGGGGUUUGCUUUUCAUAUUGUCUGUACAAAGUAUAGAGAGACUGGGUUCGGGUCUGUAUACAGCAAUGACAUUGAAUUUCUCACAUCGACUCCUCUUUCCUUCUCAUUUAACUGAAGACAAUUUGGUUUCGCCGAUGAGAAUUAAUAAUGGAUACCUUGUUGAGGGAAGGCUGGAUCAGAAUAAUGGAGACAGCUUUUGUAGAUCUUGGCAUCCUAAUGGUGAAAUUGAGGGUUUCCUUGAUUACAGGAGUGAUGAGGGUGAUAGUUAUGCCCAGGACUCUGUUUCUAAUGACAUUCUUGAUCUUUUGCCUUCUGAUCCCUUUGGCAUGGAUAUUGGCAUGGAUAUUGGCAGUACCUUUACUGCAAUUACCGGUUGGCUAGAGGAUUUGGAAGUUGGUUGUGGUGGGUAUAAAGGGGAUGAAGUGGGGAUGGGUGAUGGGAACUAUCAGUUGUUUGCAGGAUUGCAUUUUAUUUGGAACAAUGCUAUGAGGUUCCAAGCUUUUCCAGGCAAUGUCGGGUUUGAGUGUAAAGCCCAUAUGACUGGUGGAUUUGGUUUGGAUUCCAAGGAACAGGAUUUAAGGGAUGUAUCAAAUCAUAGCGAUUGUGGGUCAGCUUGUUAUAUGGAGGAUAUUUUGAGUGUGGGAAAUCCUAAUUUGGGUGCUUGUGAUCAGGACAGCGGGUCCUAUUCUGAUGGAGGAGCUCCGCAUGGAGCUUUGGUUUUUGCCCUUGGUUAUCUAGGGGUGAGGGAUCUUCUUGCAGUUGAAACAGUUUGCAAAUCUCUGCGAUCUACAGUUCAGAAUGAUCCUCUCUAUUGGAGGAGUAUUCACAUAGAUCAACCUCUUAAUGAGAAGAUUAAUGAUGAUGUUCUUUUGCAAUUAACCAAUAGAGCACAAGGUAACCUGCAAUGCUUGAGCCUGGUGGCCUGCCUAGGGAUUACUGAUGAAGGUCUGAAACGUGUGCUUGAAAAUAAUCCAAGACUGACCAAGUUGAGUGUUCCUGGAUGUACAAGAUUGAGUAUUGAGGGCAUUGUGAAUAGCUUAAAGGGUUUCAAGUCUAUGGGCUCUCAAGGUGUCAAGCAUUUGAGAAUUGGUGGGCUUUAUGGUGUCACCCAGAAGCAUUUUGAAGAGUUAAGGUGCUUGAUGGAUACAGAUGACCAGACAAGUCAGAAAAAGCAUAAGCCACAUUUUUAUCAUCGAGGAAACUUUUAUCUCUCAUCUGAAGAUGAUCGUGCCAUUGAUGUAGAAAUGUGCCCAAGGUGCCAGAACUUGAAACUGGUUUAUGAUUGUCCUUUAGAAGGUUGUCAGGGGAAGGAACAUGCCACUCAAGUAUGUAGGGGGUGCAAGCUUUGCAUAGCACGGUGUGUUCAAUGUGGUCGCUGUAUUUAUGACAAUGAAUAUGAGGAAACAUUUUCCUUGGAGUGGAUCUGUUCAGAUUGUGGCAAGCAGAGAUUAUGACUGGCUGGAAAUGUUUCCUGAUAAUGCUAUGUGGCCUGGCAGUGAUGUAAGAUUAUCUCCCGUUUUUCUUUUAUUUUUGGCUCAAUGUAGUCUGCUAGGUAAAUCUGUCCCUUGACUGUAACUUGGAUGGGUCAUAUUUGAGGCCCUUGGUGUCUGGGUUUUGUGAUACUUAGAGGAGGAUAGGGUUUGAAGGAAAUAAGAGAUGUGGAAAGGAAUAAUAUUUAGGGAAAAGAAUCUGAAGAAGGCAGGAUCUUCUUUUGUAGCUUCUUAUGCAGAGAUCUCAUCUCAGUGGUUUCUGUCACUGGUUAGUCCAUUUCAAUAAGUUCCAAGUAGUUCGGUUUGUGUGUCAAUGUUGGGAAAUAAAGUGAGCCCUUGCAGAGGGGGUCAUGACCCUUUAAGCCUGUCUUUGCGAUGAAAUUAUUGUACUGUCAAAAACAAGGUGGAAUGGAAGAUGACUUUGUGGUUUUAACGUUUGUUUACCCUUGGUAGUGAAGCCUCUUUAUCCAUGUAUUUAUUAUGAUCAGUAUAACUGCUUGCUGGAUGGAGUAAUCCAGAGGACCUUGCUGCAUCUGCUGGCAUUCUUAAUCAUUAAAAUUUUAACUUUGUGGAAGGAAGAGUCAAUGAUGGCCUGAAACCUUUGUUUCUUCCUUGAAGGAGUUGUGGUCCCUUUUGUAAUGUAAAACUGUAUACUUUUGCUUCUCUUCGAAUUUGAUGGUUUUCAAUGUAUGUUAUUGGAGGUUUAUAUAUGUUGGGCAUCAGACGUUUGUGUUACCCUUGGCGUAAAAUGUUUUGUGUUACAUGGAAUGUUAUGAAAUAAUUUCAGUUUGUGUUU